UGACGGCCGCGCGAUGAUCCCGAAAUGGCCAAGGCUGUUUUGGAACGUGUUCAGCGUGAUGUCCACCGAUCGGAGACACAACAAAUGGCAAAUCGUCUACUCGGUGUUUUUGAUGGUAUCGUCCGUGUACAGUUUUUACUCCACGCCCAGACUGGUGUGCACGCUGGAAGGCAGCUGCGACAAUUCGCUGUCGACGGUGAUCAAAGGGCUGUUCGCCAGAGUGGUGGCUUUCACGUGUUUCAUGUCCAGGCUUUUGGUGAUGGUCAAGGGCAAGACCCUGUUGGUCCGGUACUCGGCGAACCUGGAGAAAUUCCACGCGUUCUCGCCCAUGACCCGCGCCGAGACGGUGGCGCUGGGCAGACUCUCGUCGAUGCUCGUGCUCGGUUGUCUGCUGCUCACGUUGCCAGUGAACACGUUCAAACUGGCGUUGAUUUAUAUCAAAUCGCGGUACGUCGUGAUCGAUUUCGGGCUGAUGUACGUGCAGAACAUCAGCAUGUUCUGCAUCGAGACUCAUUUCAGUGUGCUGUGUUUCGCGCUCUAUCAGAAGUUCGUAGCGAUCAACCGGGACCUGACGGCGCUGAAAAUCGACACGGUCGCCCGGAACAAAUAUCCGUUCGCGUCGCGGACCGGAUACGAGUACAGGCGGAAAACGAACGGCGACGGCGCCGCGGUCGCAGAUUACAACCGGGACAUUUUGCAAUCGCUGCGCGCCGGACGUCCGAUGGCCGAUUUCGCGGAACGGUUGAAAAUCAAACACCGGCUGGUGCGCGAGGCGGUCAGAAACCUGAACGACCUGUUCGGCUUCCAUCUGGGACUGUCCCUGUGUUCGUUGUGCUUGUACGCCAUAUUCGAUUUGUACUAUCACCUGCUGGGCCUGUGGAACAUCCAAUACCAGACGUUGGUUUACGGUUGGCUAUUGCAGUACACCGCCCGGUUCGGGUCCGUCACGAUUCUGGCGCACUUGCUGACGAAACAGGUGAUUCUAAUCUGUUUAUACAGAAUAUACGCAUUUUAGAUUCUGAGUGGAGCGAAGAAGCUUACGAUGGUUUUACAGUGAUGUUUAUUUUUUUUUUUUUUUAUCUUUGAGCAACUUUUCUACCAGCAAUUUUGCUCCGGUUUACAAUUUAAGAAGUUUUUCAGAAAGGAAAUCAAACUGGGCAGGUAACAUAGGUGCUUUAUUUUUUGAUUUUCCAAGAAGUUUUUCCAAUACACGGGAAAAACCGAGAAAAAACAUGGGAAAAUUGGAAGAACAGGAAAAUAGGUACAGUGUUAAACAAAUAUUAUUAAAGAAAACGUUCAAUGCAGAUGUAAUUAUUUUACCAUAAUAUGACAUAUUAUACAUUGUUAUAUUGUUGACAAAGCAACACUAUUAACUAAUCUCCGCUCAGAUUCGUUUUUUUCAUUAACAAUGGUUAGUCGUUGCUUAUAGAUAUACAGCUAGUGAUUCCCGUCUGUAUCGUACUUUCCCAACUUUCCACUUACAACAGUGGCUGCACCCGUCCCAAUUAUCCUAGAACAGAUUUUUUAUGUUUGUUGCUUUACAAAACAACAUUUAUAAGUAUUAUUGCAUAUUUGUUUCUUAGACAUCAUUUUGUUUUAAACUUGAAAUGGCCUUUUGGUUUUUUUUGCUACGUUGAGAACGCAAUUAAUUAAUUUGAAUAAGUUUAACGAUUUGUUUCACCUACAACAUGAAUUCGUCUUUGUUUUUCAAUUUUCUCGUAUCCAGCACAUUUCUAAAAAAUCAUUCACAUAUAAACAUAGUUUGAUAUUUUUUCACUUUUUAGUUUUUACGCUACACAGUAGUUAGUAGGUAACAAAAUAAAGUUAAUCUUAUCGAUUGGAUAUACCGGACAGAUUUAAAAGUAUAUGUACCCUCCCAAAACGUUCGUUAGAGUUCGAGUUAGGUCGUCAUUAAUUGUCAAAAGUUGCUAUUCGAUUGAUAUAUCCCAUUAUUUACACGGCAUUUAUCCGUAUCUUUUUCGUGGCAAUUCUUUUUUUUUUUUUUUGUAACUAAAAAUAUAUUUUUUGUUGUAGGCACUCAAAUCUAAGGUUCUCUUAACGGAUAUAAAUAAUCGUUAUUUGGAUUGCAAUACGAAAGAAGAGGUAAACUAUAUUGUAUAAUACUAUAAUAUUUGUUGAAACCGUAAUAGUUAUAACUAAAAAGUUAAAAACGAAAUUAUAUAAUACGUUACUUUUUUCGAUGAAUAAUUUCAACAUAACUCGAUUAUUAUUAAUUAUUAACAUUUUUUUUGUAGAUAUUACAAUUUAUUAUUUACGAAUAUUUUGUACAAAAAACUAUGUAGAUACUUGUGAUUUUUGUAUUUAUUUUUUGAUAAAAAUAUAUUUACGAGAAAUGUGAACUACUAUGCAUAUGACGACCGCAUGCGUCCAAUGUGAUACGAGUACGACUAAUGGUUUUAUAGCUUUUAACUCAACUCGUUAUCAUUUUCCUGAUAAUUCGUUACUAUUUUAUUUAGUUAAAUCAAAUUAAUUUAUAUACUUAAAAAAAAAUUUAACCUAAAGCUUUUAGUUAUUUGUAUUUGGUUUAGGAAAACAAUUUAAGCUAUAGUUAACCGAAAUUUAGUUAACCUCGCCCAGUUUUGAUAGACCUAUAAUUAAAUCGGAUCAAGAAGUAAUGAUAUUAAAUUGAUUUUAAUGCAAUUAUAAACCAUUGGAAUACGAUUAAAAAAACAAUUUUUUUUUAAUUAUAGUUGCAACUAUUCUUCAAUCAGAUUUGCAGUAGUGCGAUCGAAUUCACUGCGUGCGAUUUUUUUACUUUGAAUACGCAUCUAAUUACAUCGGUAAGUUUGCAUCGCUAAUUUAAAAAAGAUCUGUAUCAGAAAUUCGCGACUAAAAUACAAUAUUCCCCUCUAACUAUUUUGUAUAGUAGAAAUAUUCUUUACAAUACAAUAAAUAACCGAAAUCUGCUAUAAUAAUACAAUACAUACUAUAUAUACUAAAAAACUAAAGUACUUCGGAAAAAAAAAUUUAAAAGGUACUAUUCGAUCAUAAAAAUGGUAGGAGAGAAGGUUAAAACUGACAAUAGGCACAUCGCCUGGCUGCAUACGAAUUUUUGAGAAAAACAGAUAUAACUGCAGUUUCGGUCACCCCAUUUAUAGUAUAUUUUCUAGUUGCGAUCAUGCAUUUAAAUGUCCGAAUUAUUCGACAAUUUAAUAGUUUCAGAGCACAACGUGUCCAAAGUGCGUUGUUAAAAUGUUUUUAGAAAUAAAACUCGAUAUUGUAAUCGUUGGAUAAAACGUCAAGUUAAACUGACAAAUAACUAUUAUUAAUAUCACUUUUGUGACGAUAAAGAUAUUUUAAGAUGGAUCUAACCUAAUAAUUACAGGUAUGGACGUUAGUCACUUUCUUUAUUUUAGUCACUUAAAGUAAUUUUUUUUUUAGAUAUUCUCAUUCAGUUUAUACAAAUAAUAAUUAUAUUAACGUUUAUUACGAUAUAUUGGUAUCUUACUAGUUCUCAAGGAAUGAUAACGUUGGUAAUAAAAAAAAAAAAAAUGGCUAAUGUCAGUUAUAUCUUAUUUUGUAGUCGCACUGAUUUGAAUUCAACAGUUACUGUAAAAGAUGCGCUUAGAAAUUGAAAGUCUUAUUUAAUACUGCAGGCAUAUUUUUAAGCAAUCGUUUUUUAGUUAUAAUUAAAGUUGUUAUUUAUCUUUAAAUUAUCACUAAAUUAUUCUUUAUUAAAACUCGAUUGUUUACAUACCAUAUCCAUGUCAUACCAAUCCUAGCCUAUCAUAUUAUUAUAAUAAUUAUUAUCUAACUACUACUAUUUAUGUUAAAUAGGUGUAUUUUUAGAUUCUGUGUGAAACGAAGAAUGUAUUGGUUUUACUAAGAUGUUUAUUUAUUUUUUAUUUUUUUUUUAUCCUGUGUACGAAAAUUCGACGAGAAAUCUUGCUCAAAUAUAUACGCGCAACACCAUUCCUGAAAGGGAAUGUUAUCCAGAUAAUAUUUUUGGGAAGUCAUUUUUGAUUUUCCAAGCGGUUUUCAUAAUAUCUGGGAAAAACCAGAAUAAAACAUAAGAAAAACGGGAAAUGUACGAAAUUAAUGUUUUUAUUAUUUUAUCAAUUUUGUUAUUUGUUGUAAUUCAGUUAAAAAUAUUCAUAGAGAUUUGAAAUUUGGAUAAAACUGAUACUUGCCUUUUCUAAACGUGGUCAAAUUUACAAAAAAUUUAAGCCAUUUUUGAGCUAUUGAUAAACGUUUUAAUUUAGCGAGUUUUGUACGUAAUUUUUAUUCGGUAGGUACUCCGUGAUUAAACUGUUAGACGUAACAGAAAUAAUUGACAAUUUAACAGGAGGUUCAUCAAAUCUUACUUAAUGCUAAAAAAAAUCGCGUGUCGAUAUCAACAUCACGAAACAGUGAAUUAAAUAAAUAUAAACCCAAUUAGGUAAUUUAAGACUUGACGGUUUUUUUACAAUUUAUUCAAGUCCAAAUUUAUGUGACUAAUAAUUAUGUCCAAGUCCUAUAGAAUAACGCGAGUUGUAUUGCAUCCAGCUUGGAGGUGCUAGCUUAAGAGGACGCGACUCGUACAUUUGUUGAGUCCGUCUUUUUAGUGUUCUAAAGCUGUUAAAGUGUUAAUAUUAAAUAUCUAAACAUUUUUUUUUUCAAUCGGUUUGUCUUCCUGAGAGACAUCGAUUUGCAAAAAAAUUAAAUUUUUAUUUUCAUUUCAAAAAAAAAUAAUUUUUUAUUUAUUCACUUUAUAAAAUUUUCAAAAUAGCCAUUAUUAUUCUAAACAUUUUAAUGUAUCACACAUUCAUAUCCGGUGAACAGUGCUUUAGUAGCAGCCGUUUUAAUUUCUAGAAAAAAAAUGUGAAAACAAUUAUUGAUAUUCAAUAAUUAAUUACAAUCGCCGCACGGUAAUUCCCUAUCGCAACAGUAAUUUAUUGAAUAUUAAUUGAAACACCGAUUGGAAACGAAAAUAUUUAAUAUUAGCAGCUCUAGACAAAUCCGUCAAACAUGGUGGUCUGCAAAACAACUCUAAUCUCAGAGUUUGGUCUUGUUUGGUCCAGUUAAAAAUUUCAAAAAGGAGCGGGCUUAAAGAUCUAUGUAAAAGCAUUCACAGAUACACACGAUACACCGCAAUAGUCUCUAUUUUCGGCGGAGGGGAGGGGGGGUUUUGGAAAUUCGAUAAAAAUAUAAACACAAAUGAUACAACAAUAAACUAUUGUUGAAUUUUAAUUUUUUUGUUUUUUUUUUCUUGUUUUGUUUUUGGUUAUAGGCAUUUGCUGCAGCUACGACCUAUCUCGUUAUACUAUUCCAAUUCAAUUCAGCGAAACAAGAACACGAAUAAUAAUAGUAAUAAUACUGUAUUAAUUUAUUUAAUAAUUUCCACAAAAUAUUCAUGUUUUAUAUCAAAUAAUCGGUACGCACUAAUCACGUAAUGUGAUAAGAAUAUUUUUGGAAUUACAUAUAUAUAUAAAUAUUUAUAUAUAUACUGGUGUCCCACGAUAAUCCGCCACUUGAAAUAAUUUUUGAUCUAUUCAGUAUUUUUAAGACGAUAUGAUACCCAAAGCUGUUCGCGUGCAACGUAUGUCCACUGUUGCGAAAUAAUAAUUUUUUAUAAAUAAUUGUUAUCGAAAUAAUUAUUUUUCCGUGUAAUGUUUUUACACAGUUUUACACAAAACAAAGUCAUUUUUUUAAUAAUUAUGAUAAAUCGACCUUUUUUUUUUUUUUUUGUUUUAAUAAGGAAAAAUUGUCUAUGACGUAACAUUUUCCAUUUUCCAAUAACUUAUCUCAAUAAUUUUAUAUUCGUAAACAAAAUACUUGAAAUAUUUACAAACUUUAAAUAUUAAUAUUUUUAAACUUUUUUGUACCAGCUACAAAAUAAAAACGCUACGUCACAGCUAAAGUUCUCCUUAUUAAAACAAAAAUAAAUUGUCGAUCUAUCACAAUUAUUAACAAAAUGGUUCAGUUACUCGACAACUAUGUUUUUACGCUCAAAUUACGGGUGUAUAACGUCCUCUUAAUAUAUAUAUUUUUUAAUAAUUAGUAUGCCUCUACGCUACAGUAUAUAAUUUAUUUUAGGUGAGAGAACUCAAAUAGAAACUUUAAAAUUUGACUAUAAUUUUUAAAAAAAAUGUAAUAAUAUAAUUGUAAUUUUGUAUAGUAGAUUUUUAUAAAAAUUUUGAUGGUUGAACCUUUUGUUUAAAUAUUGUCUUUUAUUUUUUAAAAUUAAAAUACUGAAGUUUUUGCAAAUGUGAAUAUUAUUGUGGUCUAUAAUCUAUUAUAGUAUUUAAUUAGUACCUAGUCAAAGCACAUUAAAUGACAAUGAUUUUCUUUGCUAUGAGUUAAUAAUAUACAGUAAUACUACUGACUAUUUAUUAAAUAUUAUAAUAAAUUAUAAACUACAAUAUUAUUCAUAUUUGCCAAAUUUCAAAAAAUUGUAGAAAAUAAAAGACCAUACACCUAAACAAAAAUUUUAACCUCCAAAUGUUUUCGAAAAAUCGAUUUUACAAAAUGUCUAUUAUGAAUUUUUUUUUUUUAAAACUAUAGUAAAAUUUAAAAUUUUUUAUUUUAAGUUUUACCAUCACCUAAUAUUUUGUUUUUAAUAUAUUAACUGUGGCCUAUACUAAUUAUUAAAAAAAUAUAUAUAUUAAAAAUAUUGAAUAGAACAAAAGUUAUUUCAAUUGGCAGAUCAUUGUGAGACACUGUGUGUGUAAUGUAUAUACCAAUUAUAUGAUAAUAAACUCUCUUUCACCUUGUUAAAAUUGACUCAAAUAUUCUUUAACGUUUUAUUUGAUAAGUAAAUAUUCGAUGGAAUAUGAAAGAAAAUAAAUCGAACAGUGACCCUUUUUAAAACAACGUGCAAUACCUAAUAAUUGGCCGUGCAACAAAGAAAUAAAAAUGAUAACAAAGUGCUAAGGUUUAUGUUUACAUUAGCUGAAUAAACCGUUUAAAACAGUUAAAACUGUUUUAAUUUUUUGUAACCAAAUUUCUUACCCACCAACUGCAAACGUUUUAGUUUUAAACCGUUCUAACGCCAUCAUAAUAUAAACGUACACUAUUCUAUUUACUCUAUUUAAUAUUAUUAUAAUUGUGGAUGCGAAAAAUGUGAUAAUUAUAUUUAUGCAUACCGUGUAUAUUUUAUAUUGUAUUGUAUUAUAUUUUAAUUUUAUAUUUAAUUAUAAAAUUACAACAUCAGAGUAAAUAUUGAUUUGUUAAAAAGGCUUUUUUUUUUUUUACAUAUAAAUCCGCAUGAUAACAAGAGCGUUUACGCGCAAGUGUUGCUCAGGUUUAGUAAUUUUAUUACCAAAACCGUUAUAAACCAAAUAGUUCAACGGAAAAAUAAAUUAUUUUCUAUAUAAACGAGUAAAAUUACAAAUUAAAAUACUGUUGAAUUAUAAUACCAAUCACGUGUUUGAAAAAUGGUGAUCCGGAUACCUCCUCUUAAGUCCGUAUCGUAGUUUAUCUUCUAAUUUUAUUAUCGUUGCCAAUAAAAAAAACAAUUUUGAGCGGAGAUCGAUGGAUAUCCAUAGCAAUAAAGUAAUGGUGUAAAUAAUGACAAAGCGAUUACAUUUUUUUUUUUACAACUUAUCAUGAACGUUUUAUUAAAUUCGUUAACAUUUUUAUAGACCUGUAAUUGUGUAUCUACAUGAAACUAGAAAAGAUUCAACAAUUUAAAAUAGCUAUAAAUAACCUAAAAAUACGCCGGGAUGUUUUGAAAACCAUACCACCUUUAGGAAAUGCUAAUAUCACUAGAUAUCUGGUUAACAAUACAAUUCUCUACGAUCAUUUUCACUUAAUCGGAUACAACAAAUAUGCCAAAGUUUACUCUAACAGAAACCGAUAUUACAUUCCUGGUUUUCCGGUGGUUUUAAAUAAAACCAAAGUUCUAUUUAUCUUCCUCAUUGACAGAAACCAAUCUACUUUCAUCAUAAUUUUCGUGAAAUUUCGGCGGGAGGUUGAACACCUAACCCUCCCCCCCUCUUUACACGAACCUGCAUACCUUAUCAGUGUUUCAAAAGGGACAGGUACGGUUAUUCGGUGUUUCAUAGUACGAGGCGUUUUAUCCGUACAGUGACGAUAAACGAUAAAUCGCCUCGGUUGUCCGCCCCUCCGGGAACAUCACCGUCUCACUUACAAUAAUUAUUAUGGUUAUAAGAGCGGCCUGUCCGUUUCUUUAUUGUCUACGGAAACGGCACGAUAAACGUGACGGGCGGAAAGUGCACCACACUGACCAUAUAUAACGCUACCCACUCGUGUAUUAAAUAUUUUGCGUAUUUUUUUUUUUCGCGUUAGUUCAUUAAAUAUUGAAAUGACGAGUGGGUUUCACUGGGACAAUUAACGUUUUCGAGUACAAAAUACCUUGUAUUAUUAUUAUAACAUUUCGCAUAUUAUCGCGAUAUUUACGUUUAAACAAUACCCGCGGACCCGUUGCAAUAUUGCAGCCGGUAAGUGGGGGAUUUUUUUUUCCGCCGUCCAACUUUUACUUAUCGAAUUGGCGUUUUCAUUCAUCAGACGCGGCAAAUUGUUGUUAUCGUCGUCGUUGUCGUUAUUACAACCGUUGUCAUGGAAAAAUCGUAUUUCGACGUGAUGCGAACCGGUCUGGACCUGGCGUAUUCCGUAAUUCUGGUGACCACGUGCGUGUACAAUUACCUGAUCGCGCCGGACGUGGUCUGUCUGUUGGUCAAAUGUAACGGCUCCGUGACGACCACCGUGAAAUCGAUGUUCCCGCGGUCGCUGGCCAUCGUGUGUUUCGUGUCGAGAAUCACGGCCAUGUACAAAAACGUCAGCGAUCUGCCCAAAUACCGGGACAAAAUCCACGAGUACGAUUUGAAUUUCCCGAUCGACUUCUCGACGAGAAACGUCCGCCGGCUAUUCACCGCCGUCAUCGUACUAGCGUACGUCGUCAUCAUUUUGCCGUUGAACGUGUCCCGCGUAUAUCUGAUCUACGACAAUUUCCGCGACAUCCGAAUGAUGUUGUUUUUCGUGAUCAUGUACGCGCACAAUUGGAGCAUUUGCCUAACGGAAAUACAGUUUGUCAUCCGGUGUUUCGGGCUGUACCAGAAGUUCCGGUCGGUCAACAAGGACAUGGCCGCCGUCAUGUCGGAAAUCAUAAUCGCCAACAAGUAUCCCGCGGCGUUGUGCGUCACCGGUUCGGAGCCGCGGCGUCGCGGUCAAACAACGGCCAACGACGGCGACCCUCGUCCGCAGAUGCCGAUCAACGCGCGACGUGUGACGGUCAACAAAAUCGAACUGUUCCGGAUGAGAUAUCAGUUCGUCCGGCGCACCCUGAACACGCUCAAUCGUCUUCACGGCAUACAGUUGGGACUGUCCAUAUGCAUUCUGUUCACGUUGGCCCUGUUCGAUAUUUACGGCGAAAAGUACACGAUAAACCACAAAACUAGAUCGAAAAUAUUCAUUUACGGUUGGCUGUUCCAAUACUCGUUUAGAUUUUGCGCAAUCAUACUCACCACGCACAUCACCACGAAACAGGUACGACAAUAACGUGUCGGUUAUUGUUAGAUUAGGUUCAGUUAUUGGGUUAGGCCACAAACGUAUAUGCAAUAAACUGCAAUCUGGUGAUUGAUAAGAAGUGAACUGUGAACUUUCAGUCCGCCAUUUAAUUCGAAGCUCACGCCGCCUUAUCGACCACUUUCAUACUGCAAUACUAGGCUAUCCAUAUCUUAUCAAUGUUCCAAGAGGGACGAGUAUGGUUAUACCGAGAGUUUCACAAAGUGAGGCGUUUUAUCCGUAUGGUGAUGCAUUUAUCACCAUAAAUACAAUGAUAAAUCGCCUCAGUUUUCCGCCCCUUCGAGAACAUCGCCUUACUUACAAUAUUACUUUUCGAAUUUAUUCAAGAUUUAGAGGUGUUUGGAUACUCAAAAUGGAAAAAGUUAAAUAUUAGUAGGUACCCAUAUUUUGAUGUAUUGAGAACAUUUUGUAAAUGGAUGCAGAUUAGUGCAGAUUAUAGGUUGCUUCUGGAUUAUUGUAGGUUAGUUUUACUACUGCGUACGGUUUAGGCAUGCGUUCAAUCAGUAAUAUCCCUGGUUCAAGUAAUAUCCGUUGUUAUAUUGCCAAUUUUCCUGUAUAGCAAAUAUCAACUCGGAUCACAAAAAUCUAAAAGAACACUAUUCUGUAUUAUAAUUAAAAAGUGAAAUUCUGUCUGUAUGUAGAUAAUAUCUGUUUGGUCUGUGCGCUGUACAAAUCUAAAGUUUUAUUCCGAGCUUGAUAAAACUUUGACUGGUUAUAAUUUGUCGAUUUCUUUUAUAGUUAUUUAAACAUUGGGAAUAACCAGGAAAAUAUACCGCAAUAACGGUUUCCGUUAUUUUCGAUUUUGUUUUUUAUUUUAGUUCGGUGAAAAGUAAUCAUAGAAACCAGGAAUAUUCAUACAAUACUCACAUUAGCCUUUCAAACGGUUCUGUCGAUUUUUAUGCUGUUUAUACCCUUUUAAAUGUUUUUUUUUUUAUGUGGACACGAUUGUUUCGACACGGCGAAACAAUUUUACACGAGGCACAUCAUAAGUCGCGCUUGGCUGUAAAAAAUUGAACGUAACGUAAUACUUCUUUUUAUAAGAGCUUAGAGUUCGAUUUUUCAUGAAAACCGUAAAAAUUACGGCAUUUCAAAACUUGUUAACCGAACUUCACUCAGAAUCAUUUUUCCGUUAGUAACGAUUUAUCAUUGCAUACGUAUGUAUAUAAACCCAAUUGCUCUAUAAACCCUGCUUUCGUAAUCUCCCGCCUACAAUAACGGCAUACACUUCAGCACAAUAUUAACUCCUACUGUUAUAUUUGAUUUCGAAUUUUCCCCAAGAUAAAACUUUGACAUUCGAAUCAAGAAGAAGAUCGUUAAAUUCUUUUUAUCUGCCUUAAAGAGUAGUUGUAACAGGGUUUUGGUAUUUUAAGUACUGAAAUUGGAUUACUGUUGUUGUAUUAACCUUCCUUACCGACACUGAGGAAAAAAAAAAGUUGUUGUUUAAUUUUCAUCGCCAGAGCUAAAGAAGUACCCUUCUAGAGCGGAAACGGAAAGACACAUUAAAUGUUAUUUCUUUUGUUGAUUUCUGUUUUGAAAAGAUUUAGCCCGGGUAAUUCAACUAUAGUACAGUAUGUAUUAUAAAAUCGUCUAUCCGGAUAAAGUUGAAUACAUUAAAAUAUCCUUUAUCGAGUAUAUUUUGGUUGUACUUAACUACAUAUGAGAAUUUGUAUUUUUCCAGGCACACAAAACAAAAAAGUUAAUAACAGAUAUAAACAACCGGCACUUGGACGACAACACAAAGGAAGAGGUAAAUUUUAAAUUAACGCCUAUUAUAUUGUAACAAGUAUGUUUCCCUAACGCCAUCGCUUUCGGAUUCUCCAGAAAAAAUUGUACCUUAUUUAAUUAUUGUACUCUGUAAUUUUCUAGAGAAAAACUAUUUUCUAUAAGUGAUGCAAGUAAAACGAAAAAGGUGAAAUUCCACUUAUUUUAAUCAAAUCGCACUUGGGUUAAAAAGAAUAAUAGGUUUAGGGUCAAACUGAAAUUAGAUUCAAAUAAGUCAACCUAUUUUAACAGUAAUGUCCGGAAAAAAACUUAAAAGUUUUAAAAAUAUUCUUUUUUCUUGCCACUUACGAUUAUUAAUCAUUAGCGUGGUUAAAAAUUAGUUUGUUUUAUUUUACAUCAAUACAUAAUUUUAAAAAAAAAUUAGAAAUUGUUCAAGAGCUAGUAAAAUCAAUCCAAAAAAUAAUAUUUUCCCACUCGAGUACACUUACUCGGCGUUACUAGAACUUUUAAUACCCGUGGAAACAUAUCUCACCACAUAGAGAGCACUACAGCAGCGCCCAAAACCAAAAACGCCACUUCUGCAAACAACAUUGUAUGCUGAAUUUUAGCUGAAAAUAUCUUGAAGAUUCUUACACGUUUUUACGUUUUUACUCAGACGUUUUUACACGUUGAAUUGGUUCCCAAGACGUAUAAAUUGAGUUGGAUCCCUCGGUAUUUAUUUUAUUAAUCAAUUAGGUAUAAAAAUUGUUGGAAAUAAUAAUUUGAUUAUGUAUUAAAAUAAUUUAAAAUACAAAAUUACAUUUUAUAGUCCAUCAAAAUUGUGACCGUUUAAUGCGUCAACGGAUUAAUGAUUAGAUAAUUCGCAGCAGUUAUUCGACACUGUGUCGCUAAACUGAUUAACGUUUCCAUGUUUAUAUUUAUAUAGAACCGUUUUAUAUAUUUGAGAACCAAUUGUUCAAAAUUUUAUUGGGAGCCAAUUCAAUGAUCGCCCACUCGGAGAUCGUUGCCAUCAGUACCAACACUUGUUUGCGAAUUAUCGAGGUUUUAAUAUUCAACAUUUUUAUAUUGUAUAUGCACAGUUACAAUUGUUUUUGAGCCAAUUAUGUAGCCGGUCCGGAGAAUUCACUACCUGCGAUUUCUUCACUCUAAACACUCGGCUUAUCACGUCUGUAAGUUUACUCGUAUAAUCGUUAUACGCUUAUUAUACACAGGCGCGGACUGGUGAAAAAGCCAUGGGAGGCUACAUAAGUUUAGGGAAAAUAUCGUCAAUUAUUGGGGAAAACUGGGGCCGCUGUUUCAAGUCGGGAAUGUAAUGGAAUAUGAACAGGGUAAUUUAAUUUUUGUCUGUACGCGACGAUACAAAUCGACGAAAAACGACUCGAGAGCCGAGUACGGUUAAGCGCGUUUUGACAAAUUUAAUUUGAAGAUUAGACAAAUUGUACUAUUCAUACCGAUUGGCGGAAAAUAAUUUUCGGAGCAUGGAACGGCCGUAGCACCCCAGCAUCAUAGCCGGCCCGCGCCUGCGCCUUUACCUAACUGUAUAAUUUCCAUGAUAUCGUUAUACUUACUGUAUAAAUUGUUUUGUAAAUCGUGUGCAUUUAAUUUUUCAGGCAAUCGUCGCGGGUACGAGCUAUCUAAUUAUAUUAUUGCAAUUCGACGGGACCUCGGAGGAAGACAACUGA